CACGAUUUUCAUCAUAUACAAUACUGUAAUAUAUACCACUACAAAUAAUUUAUUUUACAAAAUAGAGAUACAUUCCAUAUUUCCAUCCUAUGACAGCUCCAACAAAGAUUUUAAAAUAACUACUUUUCAAAAUACUUAUGUAGUAUGGCCUUUUAUUACAUCUGUUAUUUUUCUUGAGUCUAAAAACUCAUUUUAAGUCACUAGACAUGGACGGUCUAUUUUUCCUGACUAUAUAUUUCACAAGAAAGUUUCGUUUCUAAUUAAUAAUUUAAUAUAAAGUAUACAUCAAAAUUGUAAAAAAAAUCAAAGAUUCCAGUAAAGCGACAUCUCAGUCAAACUUGGAAAACUAAUCCUAUUUGCUUGUUCAAUAAAAAUAGGCAGUAUCUAAAUGGGGUUUUGUUUUCUGGUCAAAUGGCUAAUUAAGUUGUUGACCCUUACAUAUCUUCACCGUUCAUUUAGAUCACAUUCAUACGGUUGACAUCUGGUCAUCAUUUUGGAAAUUUAAAAUAAAUAAUAAACAAAAGGAAAAUUUUAGAAAAAGGUUAAGCACACGCGCUGCGCACGCGUGCGAUGGAACUUUAAACGCAGUAAUCGAUAAACAGAGGACACGUGUGGAGGGUCCUUCUCAACCUUUUCAUGACUCUUCUUCUACUUCACUGAAUUUACAGUAGCCAUAUCGUCAUCAUCAUAUUUUUUUCCCUAAAAUAUUUGAAUAGAUUUUUUUUUUUGUAAACUGUGUUUUUGAAAAGAUUAUUCAUCGUAAUAAGUUUAGUUAACUUGCAUGUAUUGAGCGACGACCUCCAGGCGUGCAGCAGACAGAUGUGAAGUUACUGAUAUCUCCGUGCAUGUCGUCGUGGCGUUUCGUAAUUUAACGAGUGAUUAGCGUGUCGUUUUAUGUAGAAAAAAAUGGCAUGGAUUUCACACUAGAACCCGUUAUUCAACCUAAGCCCAAUAUGGAAAACGUUUAAAGAACAUAUAAAAGGUCAAUUAGUUCCUUAAUCUUCUGCUUUAGUGUAGCAACAGUAUUUACAAGUGUCGCCUUAUUAUUUCUGUUUACCAAUCAAGAAGAGAACAAGUAUUAGAAAGAAGUAAACGACUCCUAUUAGUUAGAAAACCAAAAAAAAAAACACUCUUUAAGUUGGAGAAGUUUUGAAGGAGAGGAAAAAGCCAAGAGAUGGUGCAUCCUUUGGUUGAUAGAGCCACAAGCGAUAUGCUUAUUGGUCCUGACUGGGCCAUGAACCUUGAGAUAUGUGACAUGCUUAAUCAUGAGCCUGGGCAAUAUAGAGAAGUUGUGAGUGGAGUAAAGAAAAGGCUCGCUAGUAGGACUACCAAGGUUCAGCUUUUGGCUCUUACUUUGCUGGAGACAAUGAUCAACAAUUGUGGGGAACUCAUUCACAUGCAACUUGCUGAAAAGGACAUUCUUCAUAAGAUGGUGAAGAUGGUCAAAAGGAAGCCUAACAUCCAAGUGAAGGAGAAGAUAUUGAUACUUAUAGAUACUUGGCAAGAGAGCUUCUCAGGUCCUCAAGGAAGACAUCCACAAUAUUAUGCCGCAUACCAAGAAUUGUUGCGUGCAGGAAUUGUAUUCCCUCAAAGACCUCCUCAACCCACAGUUAGUUCAGGACAAACUGGUCCCUCGACAAUGUAUAAUCAGAAUGCUCGUAACGCUAGACAAGAAGCUAAUGAUACUUCCACAGAGUCAGAGUUUCCUACUUUGAGUCUGACAGAAAUUCAAAAUGCAAAAGGGAUUAUGGAUGUCUUAGCUGAAAUGUUGAACGCAAUAGAUGAAAACAACAAAGAGGGACUUAAACAAGAGGUUGUUGUAGAUCUUGUUAGCCAAUGUCGCACCUAUAAACAAAGAGUAGUACACCUUGUAAACUCUACAUCAGAUGAAUCGUUGCUUUGCCAAGGCCUAGCCUUAAAUGAUGAUUUGCAACGGUUACUUGCGAAGCACGAAUCCAUCGCUUCUGGAAACCCUACGCCAGAAAAGGGAGAAAAAUCUAAAAAACAAGUUGCUAAGGAGGCAAAUCAGAUCAUAGAUGUUGGAUCAAGCAGUGAAACGAAAGAUGGUAGUAUUGUGGCUGUUGCACCAAAUGGUCCAAAGAUAGAUCUUCUUAGUGGAGAUGACUUUGAGACACCGAAUGGAGAAAACUCACUGGCACUUGUUCCUCUUGGACCUGCACAACCAAGUAGUCCUGUACCAACACCAGAUAACUCCAUGGUCUUAAUCGACAUGUUAUCAGAUAAUAACUGCGAAAGCUCUACUCCAACUUCGAGUCCACACUCGCAUAAUCAGAUGGUGCCACAAAACUACUCAAAUGGAUUUGGACAAGGGUCAUCUGGUCCUGUCUGGAAUCUCCAAAUUACCCAGCAACCAUCUUCUCCUGCAUACGGAAACCAAAACCAACCCUUUUCACCUACCUUUAGCCCGCCCAUCUCACCGCACUAUGGUGGACAAAACAACAAUGUGUUAGCACUACCACCACCACCAUGGGAAGCUCAAUCUCCAAGCUCUAGUCCUCACUACUCUCCUACUCACCCGAUGCAAGUGACUCAAGUUGUCAUCACCACGCACACUCAUCAACCGCUAGGUUACAACCCUCAAGGUGGCUCUCCUCACGCUUUCAACAACAACCCUCAAGGUGGCUCUCCUUAUGCUAUCAACAACAACAAUAAUAACAUGUUCGGUAUGCUUCCCCCUCCAAUGACAGGAGGCCACAUGCAACCCUUAGGCCAUCACAAUCCUGCUGCCAUGUACGGAGGCUAUGGAGGACAGCCUCAGCCACCACAACAGUAUUUUGGAGAACAACAAAUGUACGGAGGCUACGGGGGACAACCUCAGCCACCUCAAGAGCAUCUUGUAGAACAACAAAUGUAUGGAAUGUCACUUCAAGACAAUGGAGCCAACAAUGCCAACCCCUACCAAGUGUCUUCUCAUUCUUCGGGUUUUAAUUAUCAGCAACCAAUGAUGAAACCUGUGAACAAGAAACCAGAGGACAAGUUGUUUGGAGAUCUUGUUGAACUCUCCAAGUCAAAGAAACCUACCGAACGAGCCGGUAGUAUGUAAAACCCCACUGUUUCACCAUUUUUCAUAGAGUUUUCAAUUUUAAUGUUGACUUUAUACAUUUUCUUAGAAAAUAAUUCUGAAAAUUUUCUUUUGUCGCGAAAAGUGAAUAAUAUCAUCAUUUUCAUUGGAUAUAUUGUUGUUAUUUCAGCUGGAUGAAAAUGCAAACUGAUUGAGAUUAACUUGAACAAAAAACAACAUACAAGUGAAAACAUCACACAACUUUUUUAAUGUACUAUCCUUUGUGAUAAUAUCAAUGAAUGCUAACUUUUUUUUCCCACCAUGACCUUUACCAUUUCUUUACACAUGAAACAAAUUGGGAAAAAAAAAGAUAAACACACAAAAGAAAGAAUGCAAUAGGGUUGGGUUGGGAAAAUGGUUCAACCUAUCCAAGCCUCGAUUCUAGCACACGGAGAUAUAUUUAUAACAUCGGGCGGAUCAACAGUAAUGUUCAAACACAAAACCAGAGCUACACAUCCUGUUUUCAUCUGCAAAGACGACGAAUCAAAGUCAGCAAAGAACAUGAGAUUUGCAAGAAUUCCCCUAGCAAACAGAUCCAAUAAUUGUUUCUAAACAGACAUUGGGAUUGAAGUAAAAAAAAAAACGUGCGUCUUGGUGCCAUUUUUUGAACUUAUGUUGCAUCAUUUAAGGUUCGUCUCCAAAACAAAAAGCUAAAAUAACCUUCCUCAGCUAACAUCACCCAACCUAGUAGGUAACAAUAGCACUAAACAGAAACACUAAUACACAAGCUAAUCUACCAUACGUACAGCUAAACCACUAAUCCACAAGCUAAUCACUCCAGUCCUAGCUUAAUCGUUCUUAUUGGGAGAGAAUCGGAGAUAAAUUGGGAAGCCAGAUCAAUCAACGGCGGCGCAGGAGCAGAGAAUCCAGCUCGACACAACUCACCCCCUCGGAGAAACCCUAAGGACGUGGAACGAUGACGGCGAUUGAGACGCACGCUGAGGCGCGUAAUCUUUCCGUUCCCUUAUAGUUUUACCCUCUCGAGAUUAAUUACAUUAAUUACAGAAUUAAACGGCCUAUGAGAGUAAAUGUAAGAUUAAUGUAUAAUUUAAAAUAAAAUAUAUAAAUUUUAAAAUUUGAAUGAACUUUUGCAAAGAUUUAAAAAGUUCAAGUAGACCGAGCAUGACAAACCUGGUCUAAUUACUAGUGUACAGGGCCGGUCCUGGGCAAAACCUAACGAAACACUGGCCUUAGACCCUUAAAAUUUUGGAAAAAAUUACAUAGAAAAAAGCUCCUAAAAUUUUUUUUUAGGCCUCCAAAUUUACUAAAAGAAAUUUUUAGCUGAAAUUUUUUAAAAACCGCCUACGGCCCCGUAAAUCUCAGGGCCGGCCCUGCGAGUGUAUGAUCCUUACAUCCGAGUUUUAAUAUAAUUUCUGUGUGACUUGUAGUUUCAGUACAUAGUAACGAGACAGAGUUACUACUACAUGAUUCAUGAAUGUGUUUUCAUGAGCUAAGUAGUUACGUCAUUACGCGAGUUGUCUAUAAUUAAAUCCAUAAACUCUUUCAACCUUGACUUGUUGACUGUGUGUUGUGGCUUUUUUUUUUACCCGUGAUUGCAUCGUUCAGCUACUUGGUUUAAUUUGCAAUUGUCCCAUUAAAUAAUCAUUUAAGGGCAUGAACAUAAAGCGAACUGUUCAUAUGUUUGAAUAAAAUCAAAGGCCAAGACAUAAAGCGAACUGUUCAUAUGUUUGAAUAAAAUCAAAGGCCAAAUCAAAAGUCAGCUGAAGAGAUCACACCUCUCUCUCUCUCUCUCUCUCUCUUAUAAACUUCUGAAUCUCAGUUUGAGAAACACACAGAAUUUCGAUGAUGAGGAAGACGCUGAGCAUACUUGAAGAGCUCAUUUGCGUGCUGAUGAGUCUAGCCUCAGCGAUCACGAUAGCUCUCCGGACGUCGCCUUCUUUCUCCGCCCCAACUUCCACCACCUCCUCGCCUUCGAUGACCAACCGUAUCACCUUCGCCCCACAGUUUUUUCUUUGAAAUUUCACUAUUAUCAUCAUAUGUAUGUUAUUGUGUAUAUACCACUCAAAAACAAACAUAUCGACUUACCUA